AAACAAAAUACAGUGACAUAACGCUUAAUCUGUUCUUCCUAAAAGAGCGUCUCGGUCAUUUUUAUCGAAGAUCACCACAUUUCGUCUCCACGCUUCGUCAGUUAUUGAAAGGUUAGAUCUGCCCCCCAAAAAUGAGUCUUAUCAUUUUUAUGGUUACUCUGAUCGCUUAUACUGAGGGCCAAUCUCUGUACAAUGACAUUGAGAACAACAUAUCGUUUUAUACCACACAAGCCUGUUAUAAAGAAUGCUAUGAUAGAGAUGUGCAAUUGCAAACACAAGUAACGAAUCUAGAAAAUCAACUGAAUUCGCUUAGAGAAAAGGAGGAGAUUUUGCAAUUUCAGCUUAAAUGUGAAAACAAAACAGGAAAAUAUCAAGCAGGAAAUGUUACAGAUACUCAGUAUUGCUUCAUUCGUUCAUCAUUAACAUGGGAUGAUGGGAAGACGAAAUGCCAAUCAUUUAACUCGUAUCUUCUUGAGAUCAACUCUGAGGCAGAACAAAGCUGGUUAAUGGAAGAAAUUUCAGAAGACAGGUGGUGGAUUGGAGCCAGAGAGGACACAGACAAUGAAGUUUGGGUGUGGGAUCACUCAGGGGAUGAGCUGGUCUUCCAAAACUGGGAUACAGUUGGGUCUCAACCAAGCGGUGGCACUGCUGAGGAUUGUGCUUUGUCAGAUGAGGGCCUUUGGCAUGAUUAUCCGUGCGAUUCAAGAUAUAAUAUAAUUUGUGAGAGGGGCAAAUAAUAUAAGAGAUACACUGAUUAUUAUGCCAAUGCUUAUAAAAUGAUCAACACAAGUUUUUACUCAUUAAACAAUGUUGAAAACGCAAUUCGCUAGCGGAAUAAUACAUGCAAUGCUAAUGUGUACCGAAGAGCUUUUUUUUUUGGGGGG